AUGUCAGUCACACGGCCGACCGAGCUAGACCCUCUGGUCGACCAGUUCCAACACAUGUCAGCCAAGCCUCGGGCCGGCGAUGCGCUUGAAAUGCUCAAGAAGAUCGCAUCCAUGGUGAAACCGAUUAUGCGACUCCGAAACUGGCGGGUUGGCACACUCACCGAAUUCUACCCGUCAGAAGCAAAUCUACUUGGCCUGAACGUCAAUCGGGGCCAGGAGAUCUGCCUCCGCCUUCGAUAUCCCGGGGAUGAAAGGCAGUUUCUGCCGCUAGAGAACGUUGUCGAUACCAUGCUGCACGAGCUGGCGCAUAUCGUCCACGGUCCUCACGACCAGGCAUUCAACGCUCUGUGGGACAAGCUCCGCGACGAGCACGAGGCGCUCCUGAGGAAGGGAUAUACCGGCGAGGGCUUCCUUGGGCAGGGCAAGAGACUAGGCGGGCGACGGGUCCCGCUGAGUGAAAUCAAGCGCCAGGCGCGCGCCGCGGCGGAGAGACGACGUGACCUCACCAAGGGAAGCGGUCAGAAACUGGGUGGCCAGGGGAUCCUGCGAGGCCAGAAUGCGAGGGAGAUCAUUGCCGCCGCCGCCGAGAAGCGAUUGCGCAUCGAGCGUGGCUGUGCGAGCGGGUCGGACAAGGGAACCCAGAUCGCGCAGGAAGAAACGAGUAGAGAGAAAACAACGACCACCAAGGCCAACCAGGAAGAUGAGAAUGAUGCCGCUCUGAUGCAGGCCUUCAUAGAUCUGAUCCAGGAGGAGGAAUGCCAAUUGUUCGGCAAAGGCUACAUCCCCCCAAGCCAGGAGAACCCGGCCGGCGUCAAAGGCACUAUGUCUCCGCCAGGGCUGCGCACAAGCAUCCAGCCCGCUCCGCUUGAUGCCACAGCGCUGAGGGAGCAGCAGAUCCAGAUCGAGCGACAACUGCAGGCUUCUCGUGCUCUUGAGGCGCAAGCCGAGAGAGGACCCAAGGAAAAGCAGCGCACAUCCAUAUCUAACCCUGCACGGAGACCCCCAGACUCGUCAGUACGCCCCACGACGACGACGACGACGACGACGCAACCACAGCAGUCCGAUCCAGAAACAUGGACCUGUGAAAUCUGCACGCUCAUCAAUCCUAUCCAACAUUUGAUGUGCGAUGCCUGCGGCACCGAACGACCGGAAAUCUACUCUUACCUAGGCCAACAUUCUCCUCCGCACCGACCGUUCUCUACUUCGAGCUCAAAUCAGAGUCGGUCCACCACGACCGCACAAUCGCAGGCGAACCCACGGACGACACACCCAGCGCUUGAACCGCGUCUUCCCGCCGCCGAUGCUCUGGCCCGAAUAGAGUCUCAGGCCAGGUCGAAGACGCAGGCCAAACCCAUGGGCUGGACUUGUGCUAGAUGCGGGACCUGGAUGGAGAGUCAGUGGUGGACAUGCGCGACUUGUGGGCGGAUGAAGACGACUUCAUGA